AUGAGACUUUUACCCAGACAAAUAACCAGUAGAGCCUCUUUUGUACGUCCUUACAAAAAUGUUGCGAAGCCGCUGAACAUUCUGUUCUUCGGAUCUGAUCAGUUCAGUGUACAUUCGCUAAACGCACUGUAUAAAUUGAGAGAAAAGUGCCCCAGACUCAUCGACCAAAUACAGGUUGUGACAAGAAGUGCGAAAAAAUGCGGUAGAAACCUGUCGCUCACCAAGGAGGUUCCUAUAGCCAAUUGCAGUAGGGCGCUCAAUCUCGCUCCAGUCAUUGAAUGCGAUUCCAAACAAGACAUGCUUGGACCCGUAAUGAAUGCAAUGCAAGCCAAUGGCUACAACAUGAUCAUAGCUGUUUCGUUUGGCAGGCUGAUACCGAAACAGCUGCUGUCCAAAUCCAAGUUCACAUUGAAUGUUCAUCCCUCGCUAUUGCCACGCUACAAAGGUUCAUCACCUAUUCAAUACACGCUAUUGAACAACGACACUGCCACGGGCGUUUCCAUUCAAACAUUGCAUCCGGAAAAAUUCGAUUGCGGCAAAAUCGUCGCUCAAACAGAGCCCGUGGAGGUCAAGACAUUGCUUUCAGAGCAGACCAUUGUGAGUUCCACCCAAGAUUCGCACGCACCACCAAAAGUUGCAAAGCUUAUGGACACACUGGGUGAGCGCGGGGCUCAGCUACUGGCAAAAGUGAUUGAAACGGGGGCUUUUGAUGCUGAGAAGACGGUUUCUUCGCCCUACGCUGAAAGUUUUGCUCCCAAGAUAACUACCCAAAUGCGUCAAUUGCUUUGGGAAACCGAUCCCGCUCAAUUGGCAAUCCGCAAGCUAGAUGCACUAGGAUCAGUGUAUGCAUUUAAGGCCGUCAGUCACAAAAGUGGUCCGCAGCAGUUAAAACGUAUCAUUUUUCACAAACUAUCACCGUACGAGGAUGGCGAAGCCGUACCUGAAACGCUUGGGCCGGAACCUGGAAGUUUCGAACACGACGGGCUACACAAAUGCAUGGCAUUACGUUUUCAACAUGGAGAAGCACUCCGAUGUACUCUUAUACAAUUCGAGGGCUUCAAAAUAGAGAGCCCGGAGCAGUUUUCCAAGAGUAUUCGUAAACGGUGUGGUAAACUAACCAGAAAUAGCAUAUUUGUGUAA